AUGGCGAGUUCCAAGCUUAGCUUUGUGAAUUCUCGGCUGACAGUCUUCAGCGCCGUCUUGGCGCUCUGUUCUUACGUCUUCCUCAGAAGAACGUCCGUCGAGUUCCGAGAAGAGAUCUUCAUCCAAGCGUCGGAGAGCGAAGUGUUCGAGUUCCUGUCGGAUGUCAGACUGUUGGACUUUGUUCACCCUUACAGAGUCGGCGCGUUUAACAUCACGGCAGUGACUGACGACUCGGGGCUGGAGGGAGUCAACUACGAUAAUGUGGAGAGGAUCGACUUCUUCGGGCUCUACACCGAGACGCUCUACUUCCCUGUCCACACAAGAUUCCUCAGAAACGCGGGCGAGGUCCGGUCGUCCUAUGACGUGAUGAACGGAACGAUCGUGGCUAACCAGUCCUUCACGCUGCACCCGGCCCAGCGCAACGGCGUCAACGGCACCCUGGUGGUGGACGUCAGCCGAGUCAGCCUGCCCUGGGCCUACUCACACUUCACGGCCUGGAAGGGCGGCGAGGCGCACAAAAUGAUCCUCGGGGGGAUGCGGAGGUUCUUGGAGGGCGAGAACCGCGACGUCAUCACCCUCCUGAAACAGUACGCCGACCUGAGAAUACAGUUUAACGAACUCAGGCUGCUGUCCAAUGACAUCACGUCUUUCUGCGUGCUCCCGAUGAUCUGUUCAAACUCGUGAUCCCAUUGGUCCACGUCAGAGAAUAUAUUUAACCAAUCAGAGUAGAAUAUUUUUCCUGACCAAUCGCUGAUCUAUUCGAACUCGUGAUUGCAUUGGUCCACGUCAGAGAAUAUAUAGCCAAUCAGAGUAGAA